CACCAGCAGGUGGAACUACACCAGCAGGAGGAACUACACCAGCAGGAGGAACUACACCAGCAGGAGGAACUACACCAGCAGGAGGAACUACACCAGCAGGAGGUACUACACCAGCAGGAGGAACAACACCAGCGGGUGGUACCACUCCACCAGGGGGAACAACCCCUUCUCCUUUACCCAGAUUAUAUGCUGCCCUUCAGGAUAAUAUUGAUCUGCGUAAUGCUAUGGACGAAUUAGCACAAUCACUUCAAAGUCUAAUUACUGCUUUCAACAGUAUCCUGAAUGCAAACACGGGAAGAAGGCACCGACGUAGUGUUAGCGACAUCGAGAGCAUCGCCAUCCUUAUAACACAAGCGACUGUAGCUGUUCAGAGUGGUAACACGACAGCUGUGACCUCAUACACAGAUGAAAUAAAGAUGAAGACAAGUACAGUCUCAGAUCUAGCAGUAGCAGCUACAAACAAUGCAACACUCGCAAGCGAACUACAAGCAAACGUAGCUAAUGCAAUCAGUGGGAUUAGUGACCUACAGAGAGCCAUCACAACAAAAGACAAAGAAGUCCAAAGUAACAUUGAAACAAUACAGCAGGAAAUUAACCAGCUUGGGGGAACUACUGUUGAUGCAACAACUAUCGACAUUGACGUGAUAACAGACGGCGGCAACAAUGAAGAAACUACUACCAAGGCAGAGGAUGAUACUACCAUCGCAGACACCACCACCUUGGACACGAAUGUAGAAACUACACUAAUUGACACUACCACAGUCGAUACCACCCUGAUUGAUACCACAACAAUGGACACUACUACAGUCGAUACCACCCUGAUUGAUACCACAAUAAUGGACACUACUACAGUCGAUACCACCCUGAUUGAUACCACAACAAUGGACACUACUACAGUCGAUUCCACCCUGAUUGAUACCACAAUAAUGGACACUACUACAGUCGAUACCACCCUGAUUGAUACCACAAUAAUGGACACUACUACAGUCGAUACCACCCUGAUUGAUACCACAACAAUGGACACUACUACAGUCGAUACCACCCUGAUUGAUACCACAACAAUGGACACUACUACAGUCAAUACCAACCUGAUUGAUACCACAACAAUGGACACUACCAUAGUAGACACUACCACAGUCGAUACCACCCUGAUUGAUACCACAACAAUGGACACUACUACAGUCGAUUCCACCCUGAUUGAUACCACAAUAAUGGACACUACUACAGUCGAUACCACCCUGAUUGAUACCACAAUAAUGGACACUACUACAGUCGAUACCACCCUGAUUGAUACCACAACAAUGGACACUACUACAGUCGAUACCACCCUGAUUGAUACCACAACGAUCGACACUACCAUAGUAGACACUACAGCGGUAGAUGUCACAAUCAUCACAGUCGAUACCACUACAGUAGACACUUCCAUAGAUAUUACAGCAACGGAAACUACCAUUGUCGACAUUACCAUAACCGAAGAUACUACUAUCGUUUUCCCUAGUACCACCAUCACAGGAGGUAUCAGUACAAUUGACACCACCACACCAGAUGUCAUCACAACUGUCACCACAACAGAUGUCAGCACAGAAGACGUCACUACAGUUGGUAGCACUACAGUAGACAGCAGUGCAGCAAUUACCACCACAGAAGCCCCAACCACCACAGAAGCCCCAACCACCACAGAAGCCCCAACCACCAUGGAAGCCCCAACCACCACAGAAGACCCAACCACCACGGAAGCCCCAACCACCACGGAAGCCCCAACCACCACGGAAGCCCCAACUACCACAUCUACGUCAACAACAAAUGCCUGAAGAAUCAACGCAGAGGCGACAUCGACUGGACAAUGUCAUUAUCUUAAAAAAAAAAAAAAAAAAAAAUCACAAAAACAAAUCAAUUGUAGCCAAUACAUACGCCAUAUUCUUGUGAAGUACACUCUUCCAAAUGAAUAUAAGUUUCUGUAAACAUUAAUAUAUGUAUGUCUUUCUACUGUCGUAAAAUAUGUACCUCAUGACAAAAUUACUUAUUAGCAUAAGAAAAAAAAAAUCCUUGUUACUGAUAAAAUUUUAUGAAAUAAAAAAUACUAGCAUUCUAA